AUGUACUGCCAGAAAUGCCGGACUCCUUUGAAGCUAGACAGCUCUCUAGAGUCGCUCAACCCAGCGGUCUUUGAUCUGCUCACUGGCUCUACGGGUAAGACCCUGCCGGAAUCAUCGUCUCGACCUUCCUACCCUCAAGAAAGACAUGAAUACUACGACCGAGCUUCCCAGAAUGCCAACUCGGCGGCAUACAGGAGGACGAUCCCGCCGCCGGUUAAUGCCCAGAACCACAAAAGCCACAAACUAGGACGUGGGGAUAGCGGCAACAUGUCCUUCGUCAUGCUUACGGAGUCUCAAGUCGGCCCGCCACAAGCGACACCAGAUGCCCAAGGCGUUGGCUCUCCGAAAGGCAAGCAAUCAUUUGGCACUCAGAACCAUGACGCCGAAGGGGAGGAACUGCCAUUUGCGGAACAGGCCGAGCGCAAUAAUCGCAUUUUCGAGUUCAUAUCGGCUCACUCCGAUAUUGAUCAUCCCAUCUGCACGGAGUGUACCGACCUAGUCAUGUCGGGCCUACAGAAGCGCCUGCUCAACGCUACGAAGGAACGCGAUGCAUACAUAUCAUUUUUGAGGACACUCAACUCAUCAAAGGUGCCUACAGCCGAAGAAAUUGAGGCGGCUGAGCAAUCGUUGAAGGAGACCAAGGAAGCUGAAGAGAAAGCUUUUGCCGAGCUCGUCGCCUUGGAAGAAGAGAAGGCAACGUUGGACAAGGAAAUCGCCGAGCUGGAAGAGCAAUCACAAAAGCUGGAUUUGCAGGAAGAGGAGUUCUGGCGUGGGCGCAACGAGUUUACACUAGAGCUUAACGGAUUCCAGCAAGAACGGGAUGCUUUGAAUAUGAAGUACGACCACGAUUCCCGCCAGCUUGAACGGCUUCAGAGGACCAAUGUGUACAAUGAUGCUUUCUGCAUUGGUCACGAUGGCUACUUUGGGACGAUAAAUGGAUUGCGGCUUGGCCGUUUAACCAACCCCUCCGUGGAUUGGCCCGAAAUUAAUGCUGCUUGGGGCCAGACAGCACUGCUCCUUGCAACCAUUGCCGAGAAAUUGGGGUUUGCAUUUCAGGGGUACCACCUUAGACCUCUGGGGGCAAUGUCUAGGAUUGAUAAAAUCGAAUAUCCUCGCCCCUCGCCGGCUCAGUCCGCGAUAGGUGGUGGGAACCCGACUGCACUGGGACCGCCCAAAAUCACCACCCUCGAUUUAUUCUCAUCCGGAGACCUACCACUCAAUCUUCCUUGGCUUCACCGCCGAUUCGACGCAGGAAUGGUGGCGUUCCUAGAAUGUCUACGCCAACUAGGCGAAUAUGUGGAGAUACCACAAGCACCUGGAUCCUCAAAUCGCCGAACUUCGAGCGGCGCUCCAAGCACGGCCUUGAAGCUCCCUUACCCAAUCAAACGCGAUAAGAUCGGCGAUGCUAGUAUCAAGCUUGGAUUCAACCAGAACGAUGAGACCUGGACCCGUGCCUGCAAAUACACCUUGACCUGUUGUAAAUACUUGUUGGCACAUGCCAGCAAUGUCGCCAGUAUUGGGUCCAAUAACUCCGCGGCUGCUACGGCCGGUGAACAAGCCAGACCGACAGCGUCUAGCCCUGCUAAGAAAUAA